AAGCCCGUGUUCUGGAAGAAGCACGCACAUCACUUACUUGACUAAGAGCUAGAGGAGGGUAGAUUGGCAGAUAAAAGGAUCACUGAGUCCCAGAGAGGGAGGAGCAGGUCACUGAGGGAGGAAGACCACAACAAAACAGACAACAGCCACAGCAGGAAGAGAAGAAGAUGGGUGGACGAGUGGCACAGAGCUGCUGGCUGCUGCUGACACUCUCUCUAAAAGGUAUUCUUGCUGGUGAUUGGUCAGUUCAUCUCCCCUCCAGUCCGAUCUGUGCUGUGACUGGUUCCUCUAUAGUUCUCCCUUGUUCCUAUGACUACCCCCAAAUGAAAACCAAAGAAGAGGGAGGACUCUCUCCUCAGGGUGGAGAAGGACAACAGUACAAAGUUUUGUCUGAGAUGUGGUGUCUCGAAGACAGCCGCUGCAUCACACCGAGCUAUGUCUUUCACAGUGCCGGUAUCUUCCCACAUCCAUCCUACCAGAACAGGGUGAAGUACCUGGGACAACAAGGAACAAAAAACUGUUCUCUGAGGAUUGAUGAUCUCAGACAGUCAGACAGCGGAGCAUACGUAUUUCACCUCAUAACCAGCCACCCUACACAGAAGAUGCCAGAGCAGAGCGGGGUACAGCUGCUGGUGGCAGACUCCUCCAGCGCAGUCACAGUGUCCGCAAGUCCAUCCAGGGACAUCACUGAGGGCGUAUCCUUAAGUCUGGCCUGCUGCGGCCCUGCAGCUGGUCCACAAGCCCAUUUCAGAUGGUACAAGAGCACAGGCACCAGCCCAAGACACACUGGACAGGUGUGGAACAUCACUAAAGUGACAUCUGAUGACUCAGGCAGCUACUACUGUCAGAUACAGACUGGAGAUAAAGUGCAGAACUCAACAAUGCUACCCAUUGAUGUAGAGUACUCUCCUAGAAACACCGCUGUGUCAGUCUUUCCUGCUGGAGAGCUACAGGCCAGGCUUCCUGUGACUCUGACCUGCAGCAGCGAUGCUAACCCACCUGUCCACACCUACACCUGGUACCAGGGUGCAGCAUGUCUCCCGACAGCAGACAAAAGCUGUCAUCCAGCAAGACAAUUCCUGGCUACGCCCACAGGAAGAGGCUCGACACUUAGCAGUGCCAACAUCACCGCUGAGAAAUAUGGGGAGCACUGCUGUGUAGCAAGCAACAGACAUGGAUCACAGACUUACAGUGUAAUACUCAGACACUCUACAGUAAUGACCCCGUCCGACACUUCAGGAAGAAGAUUGCUGCUUCUCGGAGUAACCAUCUGUGUUUUACUGGCUAUUAUAGCCAUAGUGGCCUUUCUCAUGGCAAGGAGACGAAAGACACUCAGACACCAGUCGUAUGUCCUCACCGAGACAACAGCUACAGCACCGUAAGAACUCAGCGAACCCAGGACUUCUGCUGAUCCUGGACGAAGUACAAAAACAAAUUACAAACCCGCUAUAACCACUAAAUACAUUAGAGACCUUUUUUUUAUCACACUCAAGAAUUUUCUUUCACAAUACCCUUGGACACCCUUUGCGUUUACCUUCACACCUCAUGUUGCCAAGUAAACCACCAUAACAUAACAACCUUACUACUAGUAUUGCACCACAUAUUGAACCCAUGAUUGAAAUCACGUACUUCCAAGACCGCUGACAGUGGCGCCAAAUCACACACAGUGUGAGAACCUGAAGAUCAAAUGAUGCAUGUUACUGUACACUCAAGGAAGCAUGUCAAAACGGAAACCCCUAACUCCUGCAUUUCAAUGUGCUGAGCUAACGAGGGGGAACUUGGCUGACUUGGGCUUUAAGAGCAGAAUUUUAAUAUUGACAGAAGUGAAGCAAAGGAAAAACUGUCCUUCAUCUGUUUACUCGUGGCUAUCCAUUUGUGUCAGAGCAAUUGUGUGUGCUGUGAGAUGACCUCGGUGCUGCUGUCAGGAAUUACCCCAGCAAUCUUCAGGACAUACUUAUUAUAACUGACAUAGACUGGAAAUCUUCUGUUACCCCUUUGUCAUUACGAAACUUCUUCUACUUUGUGAACAGAUGUGAAUUUGAAUACACCUGUCACGGUUCAUCAGACACUGGAUGCAGACCACAGACGAUACGGUUGUUAGCACUGAUACUUUUACUGGAGUUUGAGAGAACACAGAGCACACAAGGUACCAUAUAAGUAAUGUCACACUCAAGCAGCUUCUGACAGCCCGUUAGUGAUGAUGACCAUGAAGAUGAUGACGGAAAAUAUUUUCAUAAUGAUCCAAUUAAAAGUUGUUAGCAGUUGGGACAGGGUCGCAUCUGUGUGGUUUUGAGUAAACUCUUCAGUGUGAUAAGGCUCUAACAGAUAAUGACCAGAGCCUGAGGAGAAGUGGAGGAGGAUGAAGACCAAGAGGACAGUGACUCUGACACCAGGACGUCCAUCUACAAAAUGUACUUGUUUCUCUUUAGUCUGUUUUUAGAACAUUGCUUUUGUUUUAAAGUGAGAGUAAAGUGGUGCACGUGGCUUCUAGUUUUAUAGUUUAAGUUAACAAGGGUGUACACUGCUUCAUUUCUCAAACAUUUAAAGAAACAUUUUCACGUAUGUGCACAUCUGUUUUGUUUGGCUUCAUUCACUGUACAUUUAUAUACUUUAACAAGAAAUUGAGCUAAUUAGCGGUGCACAUUUUGUAACGCCACUGAUUCCAUCCUAUUAAAUGUUUCAUUUUAACACUUGAAAGGUACCGCAUAUGUAUGUCAUCUGAGAUGUGUUCUAAAUUUAAUGAAAAGCUUAUUCUAAUUUCCAUUUUCCAACACUUGCCUGGUCGAAAAGAAACUUGCCUUGGAAACAACAGAGUUUAUUGCAUAGCAAAACAUGUUGCUGACAUAAAAUACUGCCAAUAUGCCUUACAAAAACAUGAUAUAUACAGUUAAUACAGCAGCCAGCAUUUUUCCAUGUUUGAAAUGCUAGUUUUUAUAAAUUCAGCAGGUAUGAAACGUUUUUACAGGAUGUUGAACAGUUUACAACGUGAAACAAAAGAAAACAUUAAAAUUCGUUGACCCAAUAAAUGCAA